AUGGAAGAUCACGUUCCUAAUAGCGUGCAAGAAGAAGAACAAGAACAAGAAAAGCCUCCAUGGUGUGAUCUCUUUCCCGAACUCCUCGAUCUGGUGUCGCUGCGCCUCUCGGCCCCGGACUUUUCCUCCUUCCGGCGGGUGUGCGCCUCGUGGCGGUCCGUCACGAACCCCGUCCUCCGGCCCCUGCCCCCCACGGCCGACUUCUUCCGCCGCGGCACGCCAAUCCUGGCGACCGUGCACGACGACUUCUGCACUUUCUUCGACCCCAUCCACAACGCGGCCCUCCGGGCCGACAUCCCCGAGCUCGCCGGGUCGAGGCUACGCGCGGCGGGCGAGGGGGACUGGCUGCUCCUGACCCGGGCCGAGCGGGAAGUGUUCUUCUUCAAUGUGUCUGCGCGGGUCAUGGUGCGGCUCCCCGGCCUCGACAUAAUCGGCAUUGACGUGGCGUGCUUCUCGGGCCCGCCCGACGCGCCGGGCUGCACCGUGCUCUUGGCAACGCAGGCCCUGCGCGACAUCUUCUUCCUCAAGCGAGGCGAGGCGGCAUGGACAUUCCGCGAGUUUGAACACAAAGGGUCCUACGCCGCAAACUGCACGCCGGUGAUGCUCGGUGACUGGUGCUACUUCCUGCGCAGCCAGGGCAACACCGUCGGGUUCAACUACGCGGAGUGGGAGGACAUCGGGGAUGAUGGUUAUUAUUACCACGACAUCUACGCGGACCGGCCGGAACCGCUCCGGAAGUGGCGGCGCGGGCGGAUCGACCAGUGUUUCCUGGCGGAGGACGAGGGCGAGCUGUUGGCGGUUUUCUUGGGCUACGGCGAGACCCGGGUGAGCGUUUUCGGUCUCGACCUCAGGUCGAGGACCUGGAGAAAAGUGGAUAAGCUGGAGAACAAGAUGAUGUUCGUGAGCCAAGGGUCGUGCUUGGUGGUCCAUGCCAGCGUUAGGGGGACCGGCAACAAGAUCUAUCUUCCGAAAUCGCGGGGCGGCCACGGCAUGUUCUACUCGUUCGCGACAAACAAGUUCCACACUUUCCUCGACGACUUCCCGCGGAAACGGUCCGAGCUCAUCAAGGAAGUGAAGCCGAGCUGCGCUUGGAUUCGAGUCCCGGCCGGAGCUCGAAACAUCAAACCGUUUACUUGGUGA